AUGACAGCUCCAACAGCUUUAUUUCAAGAUAAAACUCUCCAAUUAAUAGGGAAACCUUUAAUAAACACAGAUAAGUUACCUGAAGAUAUUAAACGACGAGUAAAUGCUUUGAGAUAUUAUCAAGAUAAGCAUGAAAAAUUAGAAGCAAAAUUUCAAGAACAGAUUUUAGCUUUGGAAAAGCAAUAUUUAAAAGAAUAUAUGCCACUAUAUGAAAUGCGUGCAAACAUUGUUCAAGGUAAAAGCGAACCAACUCAAGAUAUUGUCGAGGAAGAAAAAAAGGAAACAGCUGAAGUAGAUGGUGGAGGUCCUGCAAAAGGAAUUCCUGGGUUUUGGCUUACAGCUAUGAAAAAUUUAGUUUCUGUUGCAGAGAUUAUUACUGUGCGCGAUGAAGAAGCAUUAAAACACUUGAUUGAUAUUAAAAUGUCAUAUCUUGCAAAACCAGGAUUUGAACUUACGUUUGAAUUUGAAAAAAAUCCAUUUUUUACUAAUGAAAGCUUGAAAAAAACAUAUUUUUAUCGGGAGGAGCCUGGUUAUGGUGGAGAUUUUGUUUAUGAUCAUGCUGAGGGCACAAAAAUCGAUUGGAAUGAAGGCAAAAAUCUUACAAAAACAGUAAAGAAAAAGGUUCAAAAACGUAAAGGUACUACAAAGACUCGUGUAAGAAAAGUGACAGUAGAUACAGAUUCAUUUUUUCUUUUCUUCAGUCCACCAAUUGAACCUGAAGAUGAAGAAGAUGAACAAUUGGAUGAACAAUUAGAAAUGGAUUAUCAAAUUGGUGAAGACAUAAAAGAAAAACUUGUUCCUCGUGCUAUUGAUUGGAGAAAUAUUUAA